CCCUCUGAGACCAUCUUGAUUAUUCACACAUUUCCUAAUGGUGCUUGGUUUUACCAGACUCUGCUAAAGCAUAAGGAACCGGUUUAGGAGAUUGGGUUAACAAAUUCUUCAGUGCUCUCCUAAUUUAGUGUACGCUGGUUCCUGCACAGAUUUAUUUAUUCAGAGGUUUAAGGGCUCACGCCUCGGUCUUUGCUUUUGCAGGUCUGUCAGCAUGAGAAACAAGCACUAUACCUAAAAAAGAAUAAAUGCUCACCCAACUGUGGAGAAGAAAAGAAUUUAUUCAUGAUCUUGCAAGAACGGGGGCACACCAAAUCAUGGUGGCUGGCACACAGAACAAUAGAACACAGUACUAUUUAUUCCCUAAGCCUGACACUAAAGUCCCUCCCCUAUUUCUCCAAUGGCUGGAUACUCCAGAGGUUACAGUCUAUUGGACAGGCAUAACUAACCCAUGCAAAUUUAAAACAAGCCACCUGUGCAAAUUGGAAACAUUUGAAACAAGUCUUCCGUGUUAAUUGGAAACAUUUGAAACAAGUCUCCACCCCCACUAUAACUGUUACACCCAUAUAAGGCACUGACACCACUCCUGUGCUUAGGUGGCCUUUUGCUCCUCAACUGCAGAGCCAGUUGGUAACAAAUUAUGAGGCUAUUUUAGGAGCCUCCACCCCUAGUCUCCACCUUGCAAGGACAGUGGGCGGGUAAACAGGAGGACCGGCCUCCGACUACGGCUUGGCGUCUUGACCCUCUGCCAUCCCCUUGAGCUGCCUCCACCUGUGUGAAAGCUGAACUUAUUCUCACAGUCACUGGUUGGUGGAGAAUUUGACUUGGAAAUGAACUUUAUAAUCCAGGAUGCUGAGAGUAUAACGUGCAUGACAGAGCUUUUGGAGCACUGCGAUGUCACGUGUCAAGCAGAAAUAUGGAGCAUGUUCACAGCCAUCCUACGCAAAAGUGUUCGCAAUUUACAGACUAGCACAGAAGUUGGGCUAAUUGAACAGGUGUUGCUGAAAAUGAGUGCUGUAGAGGACAUGAUCGCAGAUCUUCUAGUUGAUAUGUUGGGGGUUCUUGCCAGCUACAGCAUCACGGUCAAGGAGUUGAAGCUGUUGUUCAGCAUGCUUCGAGGAGAAAGCGGGAUCUGGCCAAGACAUGCAGUAAAAUUAUUAUCAGUUCUUAAUCAGAUGCCACAAAGACAUGGUCCUGAUACUUUUUUCAAUUUCCCUGGUUGUAGUGCUGCGGCAAUUGCACUGCCUCCUAUUGCAAAGUGGCCUUAUCAGAAUGGCUUCACCCUAAACACUUGGUUUCGUAUGGAUCCAUUAAAUAACAUUAAUGUUGAUAAAGAUAAGCCUUAUCUUUACUGUUUUCUUUACAGUUUUCGUACUAGCAAAGGUGUUGGUUACUCUGCUCAUUUCGUUGGCAACUGUUUAAUAGUUACCUCACUGAAGUCCAAAGGAAAAGGUUUUCAGCACUGUGUGAAAUAUGAUUUCCAGCCACGGAAGUGGUACAUGAUCAGCAUUGUCCACAUUUACAAUCGAUGGCGGAACAGUGAAAUUCGGUGUUACGUCAAUGGACAGCUGGUUUCCUACGGUGAUAUGGCUUGGCAUGUUAACACAAAUGAUAGUUAUGACAAGUGCUUUCUCGGAUCUUCAGAGACUGCCGAUGCAAACAGAGUGUUCUGUGGCCAGCUGGGUGCUGUGUACGUCUUCAGUGAGGCGCUCAACCCGGCACAGAUAUUUGCAGUUCAUCAAUUGGGACCUGGCUACAAGAGCACCUUCAAGUUUAAAUCGGAAAGUGACAUCCACCUGGCGGAGCAUCAUAAGCAGGUCCUGUAUGACGGGAAGCUGGCCAGCAGCAUCGCGUUCACCUACAACGCGAAGGCCACCGACGCCCAGCUGUGCCUGGAGUCGUCGCCCAAGGAGAACGCGUCCAUUUUCGUGCACUCCCCACAUGCGCUCAUGCUCCAGGAUGUGAAAGCUAUAGUAACACAUUCAAUUCAUAGUGCAAUUCAUUCAAUUGGAGGAAUUCAAGUGCUUUUCCCCCUUUUUGCCCAACUGGACAAUCGGCAGCUCACUGACGGUCAGGUGGAAACAACCGUGUGUGCUACUCUGUUGGCGUUCCUGGUUGAGCUACUUAAAAGUUCAGUAGCCAUGCAAGAACAGAUGCUUGGUGGAAAAGGCUUUUUAGUCAUUGGCUACUUACUUGAAAAGUCGUCAAGAGUUCAUAUAACUAGAGCUGUUCUGGAGCAGUUUUUGUCCUUUGCCAAGUACCUGGAUGGCUUGUCUCACGGUGCCCCUCUGCUGAAGCAGCUCUGUGACCACGUUCUCUUCAACCCGGCCAUCUGGAUCCACACGCCUGCCAAGGUUCAACUUUCCCUGUACACAUACUUGUCUGCGGAGUUCAUUGGCACUGCCACCAUCUACACCACCAUUCGCAGAGUGGGCACAGUGUUACAGCUCAUGCACACGCUCAAGUACUACUACUGGGUCAUUAACCCUGCCGACAGCAGUGGCAUCGCUCCCAGGGGGUUAGAUGGUCCCCGGCCAUCACAAAAAGAAAUUAUAUCAUUACGGGCAUUUAUGCUACUUUUUCUAAAACAGCUCAUUCUAAAGGAUCGAGGGGUCAAAGAAGAUGAACUUCAGAGUAUAUUAAAUUAUCUACUUACGAUGCAUGAGGAUGAAAAUAUUCACGAUGUGUUGCAGUUACUCGUGGCUCUCAUGUCAGAGCACCCGGCUUCGAUGAUUCCGGCGUUUGAUCAAAGAAACGGAAUACGGGUGAUCUACAAAUUAUUGGCUUCUAAAAGUGAAAGUAUUUGGGUUCAAGCUCUGAAGGUUCUGGGAUACUUUCUGAAGCAUUUAGGUCACAAGAGAAAAGUUGAAAUCAUGCACACCCACAGUCUUUUCACUCUUCUUGGAGAAAGGCUGAUGUUGCAUACAAACACUGUGACUGUCACCACGUACAACACACUUUAUGAGAUCUUGACAGAACAAGUAUGUACUCAGGUUGUACACAAACCACAUCCAGAGCCGGAUUCUACAGUGAAAAUUCAGAAUCCAAUGAUUCUUAAGGUGGUGGCAACGUUGUUAAAAAAUUCUACACCAAGUGCAGAACUUAUGGAAGUUCGUCGUCUGUUUUUAUCUGACAUGAUAAAACUUUUCAGUAACAGCCGUGAAAAUAGAAGGUGCUUAUUGCAGUGUUCAGUGUGGCAAGAUUGGAUGUUUUCUCUUGGCUAUAUCAAUCCUAAGAAUUCUGAGGAACAGAAGGUUACUGAGAUGGUCUACAACAUCUUCCGGAUUCUUUUGUAUCACGCAAUAAAAUACGAGUGGGGAGGCUGGAGAGUCUGGGUGGAUACGCUCUCCAUCGCCCAUUCCAAGGUCACUUACGAAGCCCAUAAGGAAUACUUAGCCAAAAUGUAUGAGGAGUAUCAAAGGCAGGAAGAGGAGAACAUUAAAAAGGGAAAGAAAGGGAGCGUGAGUACCAUCUCCGGUCUCUCCUCUCAAGCAACAGGGGCCAAAGGUGGGAUGGAAAUCCGAGAGAUGGAAGACCUGUCUCAGAGCCAGAGCCCUGAGAGUGAGACAGAUUACCCCGUCAGCACGGACACCAGGGACUUGCUCAUGUCUGCAAAGGUGUCGGAGGAUAUUCUUGGGAACCCAGACAGACCAGGAAGUGGUGUACAUGUGGAAGUGCACGAUCUUCUGGUUGACAUCAAAGCAGAGAAGGUGGAAGCCACGGAGGUGAAGCUGGACGACUUGGAUCUGUCACCUGAGACGCUGGUCGGCGUAGAGAACGGGGCCCUGGUGGAGGUGGAGUCCUUGCUGGACAACGUGUACAGCGCUGCCGUGGAGAAGCUGCAGAGCAACGUGCACGGUACUGCCGUACUCAGAAAAAAUGAAGACAAGGACAAUGGCCCGUUGAUAACCUUAGCAGAUGAGAAGGACGAGCUUCCCGGUCGUGCUGCAUCGUUUCUCUUUGAUAAGCUCCCCAAACAGGAGGAGAAGCUGCUGCCUGAGCUGUCCAGUAGUCACAUCAUCCCCAGCAUUCAGGACGCACAGGUGCAUCUCGGGGUGGGCGAUGACCUGGGGCUGCUCGCACACGUGGCCGCGAGCGUGGACUUGACGUGCACGUCCAGUAUACUAGAAGAGAAGGAGUUCAAAAUUCAUACAGCCGCAGAUGGAAUGAGCAGUAUUUCUGAAAGAGACUUGGCACCGCCAUCUAAAGGGUUAGAAUAUGCUGAAAUGACUGCCACAACUCUGGAAACUGAGUCUUCUGGUAGCAAAAUGGUACCAAAUAUUGAUGCAGGAAGUAUAAUCUCAGAUACAGAGAGAUCUGAUGAUGGUAAAGAAUCAGGAAAGGAAAUCCGAAAGAUCCAGACCACGGCUACAACACAGGCCAUCCAGGGCCGGGCCAUCCCUCACCCGGACAGAGACCUCAGAGUGGACUUGGGCUUCCGUGGGAUGCCCAUGACGGAGGAGCAGCGGCGCCAGUUCAGCCCGGGCCCGCGCACCACCAUGUUCCGGAUCCCCGAGUUCAAGUGGUCGCCCAUGCACCAGCGGCUGCUCACCGACCUGCUGUUCGCCCUGGAGACGGACGUCCACGUGUGGAGGAGCCAUUCCACCAAGUCUGUCAUGGAUUUUGUCAAUAGCAAUGAAAACAUUAUUUUUGUACAUAACACAAUUCACCUCAUCUCCCAAAUGGUGGACAACAUCAUCAUUGCCUGCGGCGGGAUCCUGCCGCUGCUCUCAGCCGCUACGUCGCCAACCACGGAGCUGGAAGCCAUCGAGGUGACGCAAGGCAUGUCAGCCGAGACAGCGGUCACCUUCCUCGGCAGGCUGAUGGCGAUGGUGGACGCCCUGGUCUUCGCCAGCUCGCUCAACUUCAGCGAGAUCGAGGCCGAGAAGAACAUGUCCUCCGGUGGCCUGAUGCGGCAGUGCCUGAGGCUGGUGUGCUGCGUUGCCGUGCGCAACUGCCUGGAGUGUCGGCAGAGGCAGCGGGGCCGGGGCAGCAAGUGUGCCCAUGGGGGCGGGGGCGGCAGGCCUCCGGACGCUCCCCAGGGCGGGCCCGCCGCCGCCGCCGCCACGUCCAAGACCCCGUUAGAAAGCGCUCCAGGAAACCUUUCUCCCAUAAAAGACCCGGAUAGACUUCUUCAGGAUGUGGACAUCAAUCGCCUGCGUGCUGUGGUCUUUCGGGAUGUGGAUGACAGCAAGCAGGCGCAGUUCCUAGCGCUGGCUGUCGUUUACUUCAUUUCGGUUCUGAUGGUCUCCAAGUACCGUGACAUUUUAGAGCCCCAGCGAGAGACGGCGAGAACUGGCAGCCAGCCAGGGCGGAACGUCAGGCAAGAAAUCAAUUCGCCAACAAGUACAGUGGUGGCCAUACCGUCUGUCCCUCACCCCAGCUUGAACCAUGGAUUCCUUGCCAAGCUGAUUCCUGAGCAGAGCUUUCCCCACUCAUUUUAUAAAGAAACACCUGCUGCAUUUCCAGACACGAUCAAGGAAAAAGAAACACCGGCCCCUGGCGAAGAUACCCAACUGGAAAGUUCAGUUCCCCACACGGAUUCGGGCCCUGGGGAGGAGCCGGCGGCCGGCGUCCUGAACGGGGCCGAGCUGGAGCCCAGUGCAGGCCCUGGCGUCAUGAGCGAGCUGCUGUCCACGUUGUCCUCCGAGGUGAAGAGGUCUCAGGAGAGCUUCGCCGAGACGCCCAGUGAGCUGCUGAAGCCGGCGCCGGCCGUAUCGAGCAUCACGCAGACCAAGGGCAUCAAUGUCAAGGAGAUCCUGAAGAGCCUCGUGGCCGCGCCGCUGGAGACGGCCGAGUGCGGCCCCGAGCCCGUCCCGUACCCGGACCCGGCCCUGAAGAGGGAGGCGCACGCCGCGCUCCCGAUGCAGUUCCACUCCUUCGACAGGAGCGUGGUGGUGCCCGUGAAGAAGGCGCCGCCGGGCAGUCUGGCAGUGACCACGGUCGGCGCCCCUGCGGCGGGGAGCGCACCGCCGGCCGGCAGCACCGCCAACAUCUUCGCUGCCACCGGAGCAACCCCAAAAAGUAUGAUUAAUACAACAGGUGCCGUGGACUCCGGGUCCUCGUCCUCGUCAUCCUCCUCGAGCUUCGUGAACGGCGCCACCAGCAAAAACCUCCCCGCUGUGCAGACGGUGGCCCCGAUGCCGGAGGACUCCGCUGAAAACAUGAGCAUCACUGCAAAACUUGAAAGAGCCUUAGAAAAAGUUGCUCCUCUUCUUCGUGAAAUUUUUGUAGACUUUGCCCCGUUCCUGUCCCGUACACUACUUGGCAGUCAUGGACAAGAGCUGUUGAUAGAAGGCCUUGUCUGCAUGAAGUCCAGCACGUCCGUGGUGGAGCUCGUCAUGCUGCUUUGUUCUCAGGAGUGGCAGAAUUCUAUUCAGAAGAAUGCAGGACUGGCAUUUAUUGAACUCAUCAAUGAAGGAAGAUUACUGUGCCAUGCUAUGAAGGACCACAUCGUUCGAGUUGCAAAUGAAGCUGAGUUUAUUUUGAACAGACAGAGAGCUGAGGACGUACACAAACAUGCAGAGUUCGAGUCACAGUGUGCGCAGUACGCUGCCGACAGGAGAGAGGAGGAGAAGAUGUGUGACCACCUCAUCAGCGCGGCCAAGCACCGCGACCACGUGACUGCAAACCAGCUCAAGCAGAAGAUCCUUAACAUUCUCACCAAUAAGCAUGGCGCUUGGGGAGCAGUGUCUCAUAGCCAAUUGCAUGAUUUCUGGCGUUUGGAUUACUGGGAAGAUGAUCUGCGCCGAAGGAGACGAUUUGUUCGUAACGCGUUUGGUUCCACUCAUGCGGAAGCCCUGCUUAAAGCUGCAAUAGAAUACGGCACUGACGAAGAUGUGGUGAAGUCGAAAAAAGCCUUCCGAAGUCAAGCCAUCGUGAACCAGAACGCCGAGACAGAGCUCAUGCUCGAGGGAGAUGAUGAUGCAGUCAGCCUGCUGCAGGAGAAGGAAAUCGACAAUCUCGCAGUUCCUUUUCUUCCCAAGCUGUUCAUCUCAAGAGGCCCCGUGGUUCUCAGCACGCCUGCCCAGCUCAUCGCCCCCGCGGUGGUGGCCAAAGGGACGCUGUCCAUCACCACGACGGAAAUCUACUUCGAGGUGGACGAAGACGGUCCUGCCUUCAAGAAGAUCGACACUAAAGUUCUUGCAUACACUGAGGGACUUCAUGGAAAAUGGAUGUUCAGCGAGAUACGGGCUGUGUUUUCAAGACGUUAUCUCCUACAAAACACUGCUUUGGAAGUAUUUAUGGCAAACCGAACCUCGGUUAUGUUUAAUUUCCCUGAUCAAGCAACAGUAAAAAAAGUUGUCUAUAGCUUGCCUCGGGUUGGAGUAGGGACGAGCUACGGAUUGCCACAAGCCAGGAGGAUCUCAUUGGCCACGCCACGACAACUUUAUAAAUCUUCCAACAUGACUCAGCGUUGGCAAAGAAGGGAAAUAUCUAACUUUGAAUAUUUGAUGUUUCUUAAUACUAUAGCAGGACGGACGUAUAAUGAUCUGAACCAGUAUCCUGUGUUUCCAUGGGUAUUAACAAACUAUGAGUCAGAAGAAUUGGACCUGACACUUCCGGGGAACUUCAGGGAUCUAUCAAAGCCAAUUGGUGCUUUGAACCCAAAGCGUGCCGUGUUCUAUGCCGAGCGCUACGAGACGUGCGACGAUGACCAGAGCCCACCGUGCCAUUACAGUACCCACUACUCAACAGCAGUGUCCACCCUGUCCUGGCUCGUUCGAAUCGAGCCCUUCACCACCUUCUUCCUGAACGCGAACGAUGGCAAGUUUGACCACCCAGACCGAACCUUCUCGUCAGUGGCCCGCUCCUGGAGGACCAGCCAGAGGGACACGGCCGACGUGAAGGAGCUAAUUCCCGAGUUUUACUACCUGCCAGAGAUGUUCGUCAACAGCAAUGGGUAUAAUUUUGGAGUCAGAGAAGAUGAGGUGGUGGUGAACGAUAUUGAUCUUCCCCCUUGGGCAAAGAAACCUGAAGACUUCGUACGAAUCAACAGGAUGGCCCUGGAGAGCGAGUUUGUCUCCUGCCAGCUCCAUCAGUGGAUCGACCUCAUCUUUGGCUACAAACAGCGAGGGCCGGAGGCCGUCCGUGCCCUGAACGUCUUCCACUACCUGACCUACGAGGGCUCGGUGAGCCUCGACGCCCUCACUGACCCUGUGCUCAGGGAGGCCAUGGAGGCGCAGAUACAGAAUUUUGGACAGACGCCAUCUCAGUUGCUCAUCGAGCCACAUCCACCUCGGAGCUCGGCCAUGCACCUGUGCUUCCUCCCGCAGAGCCCGCUCAUGUUCAAGGACCAGAUGCAGCAGGACGUGAUCAUGGUGCUGAAGUUCCCGUCCAACUCCCCAGUGACCCACGUGGCGGCCAACACGCUCCCGCACCUCACCACCCCCGCCGUGGCCACGGUGACCUGCAGCAGGCUGUUCGCCGUGAACAGGUGGCACAACACCGUGGGCCUCCGGGGAGCCCCGGGAUACUCGCUGGAGCAGGCGCACCAUCUGCCCAUCGAGAUGGACCCGCUCAUCGCCAAUAACUCUGGUGUGAACAAACGGCAGAUCACAGACCUGGUUGACCAGAGUAUACAAAUCAAUGCACACUGUUUUGUAGUCACAGCAGAUAAUCGCUAUAUUCUUAUCUGUGGAUUCUGGGAUAAGAGUUUCAGAGUUUACUCCACAGAAACAGGGAAGCUGACCCAGAUCGUGUUUGGCCACUGGGAUGUGGUCACGUGCCUGGCCAGGUCCGAGUCCUACAUCGGCGGGGACUGCUACAUCGUGUCCGGCUCUCGGGACGCCACGCUGCUGCUUUGGUACUGGAGUGGACGGCACCACAUCAUCGGGGACAACCCGAACAGCAGCGACUACCCUGCACCCAGAGCUGUCCUCACGGGUCACGACCACGAAGUCGUCUGCGUUUCUGUCUGUGCAGAGCUUGGCCUUGUGAUCAGUGGUGCUAAAGAAGGCCCUUGCCUUGUCCACACAAUCACUGGAGAUCUGCUGAGAGCCCUCGAAGGGCCUGAAAACUGCUUGUUCCCACGCCUGAUUUCCGUCUCCAGCGAGGGCCACUGCAUCAUCUACUACGAGCGAGGGCGGUUCACCAGCUUCAGCAUCAACGGGAAGCUCCUGGCUCAGAUGGAGAUCAGCGACUCCACACGGGCCAUCCUGCUGAGCAGCGACGGGCAGAACCUGGUGACGGGCGGGGACAGUGGCGUGGUGGAGGUCUGGCAGGCCUGCGACUUCAAGCAGCUCUACAUCUACCCGGGCUGCGACGCCGGCAUCCGAGCCAUGGACCUGUCCCAUGACCAGAGGACUCUGAUCACCGGUAUGGCUUCCGGCAGCAUUGUAGCUUUCAAUAUAGAUUUUAAUCGGUGGCACUACGAGCAUCAGAACAGAUACUGACGGGGAACGAAGAGCCAGAGGCCCCGUGAGAGCGGAGACCACACGCGCUUGGUGGAGAGGCCUCCUCCCUGGUGGACGUGCGCACCCACCCCGACUCCGUCUGUGCAUCCCGUCGCACCAGCCGCAGCUGGACACCGUCGCCGGCAGCCAUCUCACUUUGUGUGUUUUUUCACGACUGAACACCAGCUACUCAAGCAAGCUUCUAUCAUGUAAAUUAUAUGAAUUAGGAGGUGUUUUGGUAAUUAUUUCAUAUAUUGUUGUUUAUUGAGAAAAGGUCGUAGGACGCUCACAGAGACUUUUGAGGAUGCCGAGGAGCCACGUGUCCAGUUAGUUUCAGCUUUGAACCUGGCCUGCGUCCACUUCCGGCCUCUUUUCCAGCUGAGAAAAAAACAAAACAAACCACGUUUGAUACUUUGUACAUCAGAUGCAUCUUAUUUAAAGGGAUACUUUUGUAAAAGUAAAACCUUGUAUAAAGAACAAAAACGUUUCUUAAUUUUACUGUGGAGUUACAACUUGCAUGUUCCUGAUUCCUGAUGUCCUGGUGGAGCAGAUGUGCUGCGCGACAGAAGGGCUGGCUGAGGACACAGCUCGCGGGAAAGGGUCGGAUUUGGGCUCAGUCAGUAAUUUUUGACAUUGUCACCAAAAUAUGGUUUGCACUUUUUAAUCUAAAUUCAUCCCUUCCAAGUGAAAUUUGCUCAUAAAGCAUUUGGAUAGGAAGCCAUUAUUUGCCAUUUUAAUACUUUAGACAAAGAAAAUUCGGCCCUCCCCUUCCUAAUUUGAAGUCACAGCAGAUAGGGGGCUCGGGGGUGAGGUCCUUCCGUGCAAGGGGGAGCUGUGACGCCCGGCUCCCUCGAGCCCCCCCAGGCUCGGUGUGCGGCCAGCACGGGAGGGAUCUGAUGCGACAGGUUUUUUCUCUUGGGUUCUUGACCAGCUAGGUUUCCUUAAUGACAAGUUGGACUUUAUUGCAACAAUAACUGCAGUUAUUCUCUUAGAUUCUUGUGAGAGUCUCACCUAAAGCCACAUUCGUGGCCUGAGGCGCUCCGUCCUUUCUGAUCUAAAUCGUCGGCUCCCAGAUGAUCAUCCCCACAUCGCACUGGUCCAGUUAGACACCCCGGGGCGUGUGUGCUUCUCCACGUUUCCUCUUUGUAUAUUUGGUGACUGUAUCGUCAUAGAUGUACAUAUCGUGUCGGUAGGGCUAUGAGGCAUGUUUCCAGGAAUGUAAUUUUCUCAGACUUCACACUCCCUUGCAGUCAUUUAUUUAAAAAGAUAAAACAAGAUAAUGGAUUCUUUGUAUUGGCACUUUGCAGCAGAAGCAUACCAUUAUUUAUUGAUGUGAUUACUUAUUUGUUAUCCACCUUGUGCUAGUAAGUUUUAGCCCUGAACUCCUUCUUCAUUGUUCUUUGUAUUUAUGAGAUUCUGAAAUUACGGGGACUCACAUCAUGAUUAAGUUCUUCAUCACCAGGCUGUGAGCAAUAUCUUGAGUUUGUAGCGUAGAACCGGGAGGAGACCGAACAUCCAGAAGACAAGUUCACGUCAUCUCGAGAUCAUGGUGAAAUAUUUUGGAUAUAUAAAUUCCUUAAGCUAUUGUAACCAUGUUUUAUUGCAAAGAUGUAAAAUAUGCCAGAUGUGUGUGAGUUGGAAAUCAAAAAAAGAAAAAUAAAAUAUG